GGAGAGGCGUGGUAGUGUGUGGCACCGAGGAUGAAACUGGGGAAGGCUUUUCCCGUUCCACUGUUAUCUGCCGUGUCAUCUUCCUCUCCAGACAUUCAAAAUCCAAAGACAACUUUAUUUAUUUCCCAAUCCAUUCCUCCUUCCCUUCCCUCAACUCGCUGCCCAAUGGAUUCAGAUUUAAAUCAUUCAGUGGACGCAUCUCCAGACGAGGCUCGGGAGCACCUCCUGGUUGUGGAGGAUGGGGAAGCCGCCAAAACGAAGUUCCAGAUACGGGAUCUGAGCAAGGUGUCGGACGCCGGAGCGCCGAUUCUGAGCGCCGUUAACCUGGACGUGGUGGAGGGGGUGAUAAUGGGGAUCAUAGGCCCCAGCGGUAGCGGAAAAUCCACCCUGUUGAGGGCGUUGAACCGCCUUUGGGAACCCCCUUCUUGCACCGUCUUCUUGGACGGUAAAGAUAUUCGCCACCUCGAUGUUCUCUCCCUCCGUCGCAAGGUCGGGAUGCUCUUCCAGCUCCCCGCUCUCUUCGAAGGUACUGUGGCAGAUAAUAUCCGAUAUGGACCACAACUAAGAGGGAAGAAGUUAUGUGAUGAUGAGGUGCACAAGUUGCUUAGACUUGCAGACCUCGACCCUGCCCUUUUGAACAGAAAUGGUGGAGAACUUUCUGUUGGUCAAGCUCAAAGAGUUGCACUAGCACGGACCCUAGCAAAUGAACCAGAAGUUUUGUUGUUGGAUGAGCCAACAAGUGCAUUGGAUCCAAUAUCAACACAGAACAUAGAGGAUGUUAUAAUAAAGCUGAAGAAGAAGCGUGGAAUGACUACCAUUAUGGUCUCCCACAGCAUCAAACAAAUCCAGAGGAUUGCUGAUGUAGUAUGCCUCCUUGUGAAUGGUGAGAUUGUUGAAGUUUUAAGACCCGACAAACUAUCGGAAGCCAAGCAUCCCAUGGCACUCAGGUUUCUUCAGCUCAGCUCCUAAACUGGUCCUAUAUCGGACCUUCCUCAACUCUCUGGCAUAUGAUGGGUGUAAUCGCUGAACUUUCAACAUGUAAGCUCAUAUUCUUAGCUAUGAUAAAUAAUGUAUGUGGUGUAUAGCAUGUGUUUGCAAGCAAUAAAUUUACAGCACCUUCUCUUGGUGUCGAAGGCACCAUAGAUAUUGUGAUUA